AUGACGACGACAAUGGUGAAAGGGACAAAGAGAAAGAUUGAAAUCAAGAUACGCGAGACAAAGGAGCAACGAUCGGUGGCUUUCUCUAAACGCUGUCAAACGCUCUUCUCCAAAGCCGCCGAUCUCUGCCUUCUAUCCGGUGCGAGCAUCACCGUCCUCGUAACCUCUCCGGCCGAAAAUUCCGGCGUUGUUUACUCCUUCUCCGGCUACUCUUCCGCCUCUGAAAUUGCCAAUUGCUACCUUCACGGCGGCAAGUUUCCUCCUCCAAAGGUUAACCCCCAAUCCAAGUUAGGGUUUUGGUGGGAAGACCCGAAUCUUUACCAUUCUUGUGACGAAGUGGGCGAAUCAAGCGGAUCUUCAUCGCAGUUUGUUUCCGAUCAAAACCCUAACUCCUGGUCUCCAUCGCCUGCACAAUUUGCUUCUUCUUCUGAUCAAACACAAACAGAGACACAGGAGAGAAAGGAGACCAAACCAUCUUGUUCGUCUGCUCUGUACAAGAGGCGAGAGGCGACGCUGGUCAAGAAAGCGUACGAGCUCUCCGAGCUAUGUGGUAUCGAUGUGUGCAUCAUAUGUUACGACCGUGAAGGGGAACUCAUCAAGACAUGGCCCGAGGAUAGAGCCAAAUCAGAGACAUGGCCGAGCGAUUCAGCAGAUUAA